AUGAUACGCUGUACAGCCCAAGCUCGAAUCACACUGGAGAAAGAGAUCGGCCCCAGCAACAAAAUGAUAUUGAUUAACGACGCCUGCAUGUCACUCGAGUCAAUUGAUUGUAAUCUCUUCUUAGCUCUUUUAGGCAACUUUAUUCUACCAUGCCCCAGGUCGGCCGACCUACCUCGCAUCAUCGCCCACCUGGUUGCCAACGAUUCUGAUGCGGGACUCAACUCUGAGCUCGAGUACAGCCUUGAGGUGCUGAUGGAGACCGGUUUCCAUCUUCCUCGGUCCACCAAAUCGAGCCUGUCGGGCUCAGACUCAGCUAACAACACUGCUCACGUCCUGCCCACCACCGCCGUCAUAGUCACCACCACUCCGGCCAGCAUCAGUUCCACAACGACCAGUGGAACCGAUGCAAAUACCACUUCUUUGGAGGGCUCUUUGUUGCGACCCUCUGGCACGACGCUUUCGGGGCUUUCACCGCCGGUGGCCGAGGCGAAGGCUCCCUUGGACAACGGCACUCAGCCUCUGCCUGGCAACGCCUCCGACCUUCAGGAGCAACGCAGUAGACGAGGCUUGGACUCGGGCCGGACGGACUCGAUUCACGAAGGCAUUGCGGCCGCGACACUCAGCGCUUUCGAUCUGGACCCCCACACAGGCCAGCUUAGUCUGAUCGGCAACCCAGCGCCCGAGAUUUGCCACGACCUGGAUCCUGCGGAGACGGACCUACAGGGCAGGCUGACCAUUCCAGGCGCCGUCGGGCGCAAGGAACGCACAAAGAGUCUGCGUCUGUAUGUACGUGUCGCAGACCGAGGCCAGCCGCAGCUCACGUCUACUGCACGUCUGCUUAUCCAGAGCUGA